GAUAGGUUUGCCAUCUAUGGAGUUGGAGCAAAUACACGCUAGAGAGUUUGAAUUCGGACUCAGGGCCGUGGGACAACAAAGUUCACAGGACCUUGACACCAAGUGUCGAGGUGACCACAGCCUACCCAGAACACCCAAGGCCCACAGUUUCGGGCACCGGAAGGAAGCUACAGUAAGUCCGCAAGCCAAUCAGCCAUUCAUAGACAAGACAGUGGCUUCCUCCUUCCGCCCACCAGUACCUUCAGCCCCAGUCCGUUGUGACAAAGCGCAAACGCCUGGCAUCCUCAGCCAAGGACUUGGAAGCCUAUCGGGACACUCGAUCUGCUGCUUUUCUGGGACACGAGACAGAUGUGAUCAAGGAUAAUAAGAGAAACCGUAGUACGCUAUUCAGGUGCCCUUAGAGUCCCGGGCGCCUUCAUCUCGCGAGAAUAAAGGGUCCUUGCAGAGCGUUUAUCUCGCGAGAAUAAGGGUCCUCGGAAGGCACAGACUUCUCCACCAUCGAGGUUUUUGUGGGUAAAUAAAAUUCGGAGUAAGUGGUCUUGUGGUGACGCCAGUAGCCGCUCAGAAGUCAAUCCUUACUCCACACAGAGACCUAGGCCUUAAGCCACUAUGGAAGGGAAGCAAAAUCACGAAAGUCACGCAACCCUGGCACUUGCCCAGGCCCACUUCGAGAAGGGAGAGUUCGCGGAGGCCGAGGAGCUGUACUCGGCUUACAUUCGCCAGUGCGCCUGUGUGGCCCCGAUCGGCGAGAGUCCUGAGAGCAAAUGCAGCCCUGAGGAUUUGGCUACUGCAUAUAACAACAGGGGGCAAAUCAAGUACUUCAGGGUUGAUUUUUACGAAGCCAUGGAUGACUACACAUCUGCCAUAGAAGUCCAACCCGAUUUUGAAGUUCCAUAUUACAACAGAGGGUUGAUACUCUACAGGCUGGGAUAUUUCGAUGAUGCUUUGGAAGACUUCAAGAAGGUAUUAGACUUGAAUCCUCAAUUUCAAGAUGCUACUUUAAGCUUAAAACAGACUGUUCUAGACAAAGAAGAAAAACAAAGAAGAAAUAUUGAAAAUAAUUAUUGAAAUUUUUGAUUGAAAUGUUAAUUAUGAUCCUUACACCUGCAUCUAAUUGGCUUUAAUUUAAAAUAGAUAUUGAGCUAUUUUGAUUUACUUGAUGCAUUUGAACUGAAAGUUAAGUGAUGUAUUUAAGGUUAUU